GUUCGAUUUUUCAAACCCACCCCCCUCCCCCAACCGACGCUUGCCGACGCGCCGUCGCUACCUUCGACCAAAACCCAAAGCGAGUCAGUCGGUGGGUUGUUCCAAACCGAGGUUCGUAACGACUGGACGAGUUCAGUGGGCGGUUGGGGUCGGACAGGGAUGGAGCCGUCUCGUGUUCCCGGAGGACCUGCACCCCGUCUGGGUUUCCUUCUGGCCACGCUGGCCCUGACGAUGGCAGCAACCGGUAUGCUCUGCGGUGCGAUAAUGUCCGAUCACUGGGAGGAGGUUAGCUGGGAUAAGGACGUGAUCAAGGGACUGACAAACAUCACAACCCCCACGUGGUAUCUGGACGGUCAAGUAGCGAUGUUCGAACCUCAUCCGGGUCACACACAUCACCACCUCCACAAGCAGCCUGGCUUCCUGGUUCCAAUGAACGGCGGAAUUUGGACGCUCUGCGUUUCGUUGACGGAGGAAGAAAUUCGACUUCUUGGACGAGUUGGAUUCCCUCAGGAGAAAUGCAUCAAUUAUCUGACCCCCGACGAAGCUCACGAAGAGAUUCGAGCCACUUGGCAAAAUCGAAUGCAAAAUUUGAGUAUAUCCUGCUCGCUGGUUUGCCUGAUAAUUCUGAGCUGUGCUGCGCCGGUUGGUUUCUUCGGACUUUGCAGACACCAAAUAUCGGCGGUCCUUGUCGCUGGGGUCAUGUAUCUUUUGGCAGCGACAUUCGCGCUGUUCACGUUAACGAUAAUUCACUUCAAGAGGGCCCAGGACCGCGGAGCUCGAGUCCUCGAUGGGCCGGAGGAUGGAGUGGUCGGAGGGCCGGUGCCGAAGGAUGUGCUAAAGGCGCGAAGGUUCACGACUUCCUGGAGUCUCGACUUCGGCUGGGGCGGAGUGACGCUUUGCGCCCUGGCCUCGGUGGCCUGGAUACUGCUGAGUAAAAUAAUGCGUUUCAGUCCGAUAGCGGCUCUGAUCGCGUAGCAGUGGGAGGCCUUUGAGGUUUGAAACAGAUCGAGCAACGGUAUAGAUGCAGGUGUAGCUGCUGGAUGCGCGAGAGGAUAUUGCAGGAGGAUCAGUUGUCCGAUAAGAAGACCGAAGGUCGGUCAGUCAAUUGAAAUGCUGUGAUGACGAUGAUGAUCGAUUGAUGAUGAUUCUUACCGACCCGCCAACUUGAACAUUGUAACAAUCUUUCUCUAUAUUAAUGCUGUACGAUUGAUCGAUUAAUCGUUUUUCCGAUUAAUCGAAGUUGCCUCCUAAUAACUCUGCAGGUCAAUAAGUACAUGACUAGCAACUCACAUACCAUGUUCGAUUUUGUAUUUCGGUCAGAGACAAGUAUAGUUCGAGAAUGGUGAAUAAGUUGCGAGUCAUAAGUAUACCGAUAGACCUGCAGAAUCAUUAUCAGCUAAAUUCGAUUAAUCGAUUAAUUGAAGAAAUGAUUAAUCGAAUCCGUCGAUUAAUCGGAUAAACGAUCAAUCGAUUAAUCGCACAGCACUACUCUAUAUAAAUACAUACACCAGUGACGCAGAUUCUUAAUUGCCAAACUAUACAAAUAGUUAUAUUUUUACGAUGUUUUAAAGCUAUGAUGACACGUAUUACACAGAUUACAUACGCACAUUUUACAAAUAAACAUACAGGCAUGCGAUAUCGACGGGACAACGGGGUGCAUGGAAUUGAAUUUACAGAGGAAUGGAUCAUGUGUGGGAUAAAAUGACUGGUUUUGAUACCUCAAAGGUCGAAUAUAAACUAACAAUAACAUUAAAUCGCAAGUUCUUUGAUAUAAGACAAUAUGCAAUCAUCGUUCAUGCUCGGCUAACGAUAACAUACAUAUUCGUGCUUAGUACAUGCUAUAGCAUUUUCUUUUCACCUUUGAUUUUUGAUUGAAAAAGAACCGAUUGAAGGAAACAUUCUCGAAUUUCGGUGACGGAAAUUAUCAAACACACACAAGAAUUACACGUGUAAAUAUAAAUAUACGGUUGAAGGGCGGGUUAACAAAAAGAAGGCAAAAAUAUGGUAAUAAACCUGCGCACGGAUUGUCAAAGGUAGCAGAAGUUAGGUCUGUGUGAUACAUAAAAUAAGAUGGUAUAACAAUAAUGAUAAUACAACGGGGGAACAAACUUUCGCAACAAUGAAAGAGGGAUGAGAGAAGGAGGAGAAAACUUAGUUCUCAUUAUACUGACGAAACGGGACUUAAACUUUCCUCUCACGUAUACAUUUAAACUCUUGGUCAAUUAAACUUUUCCAUUUAUUUCCCUGAAAUGUGUUUUCGUAACAGGCGAUCUCGUGAUUAAACUUCGUAAUGAAUUAUAUUUCGAGCUUGUACAAAUUAUACAAUGCCGGAUUGUUUCGUUAAUUUCUGUAUUUCUGUAAGCUUAUAUCAAGUGUACAUCACAUAAACCGUGUACCAGUUAUAUGCCGGUGUGUGAGAUAAAUGAAGAGAACUAUUGACCUCUUCCGAAGGUACCCUCAGGUAUCGAGGUAAGCAGGGCAUGAACAAAACACGCUGCUCACUUACCGAGCACACUCCCGUUUCUGGCGGUGACAAAAACAGAAAAUAGACGGAAGAAAAACGUAUGAAGGAAAAUUCGGCACUAAAUUUUGAAGUGAAGGAGAAAAGUUUUAUACCUGUAAGGGCGAAGUUUUGUUCCUAACAGUAAGAUACAAACGUUCUUUUAUAACUUUACUUCUCCUCUUAUCGAUUGUUGUGUGCAGUAUUAACGAUUUGCGUAUGUAUUAUUGAGUGUCAGAGGAAAUAUUCAGAUUAUGGUACAGAUCGAACCACCUCGAAUGUUUAUAUUUAUAGAAAGUCAAGAAAUUAGGAAACGAUAUAGAUAGAAUCGACGCAUAAUUUUAUAUACGCAUGCACAGCCAUACAUUGUAAUUGAAGCAUUAAUAACGAAAUCGCGUAACAUAAUCAUCGCAUGUAGUUCAAAUAUUCGCGCGAAAAAAAAAAAAAGAAAGAAAAGAAAUCACGAAGGGAUCAUUGAAAUGCUAAGUCAAUUCAAAGUAUACAUAUUAUACGCAAAUCUAUGUAUUUAGUCAUUUUAUAAGCUUAUAACUAUCCGCGUAUUUAAAAGAUUUUUAAACAAUCUUCUAGGUAUAACAAAUUAGUGAAGAUAAAAAUAAUGUUCAUUAAUCCCGUCCUUUUUCGGUUGUUCUUUUAAAGCGAAAAUUGAAAGGAGGCUCAAAUCCUUACAGUUUACAUUGCCAAUGGUCGGAAAAAAUUAUAUCCAUCGACUGUAAUUAAAUUGUAUAGAAUUAUGAACCACGUGUUGUUAACGAUCAAAAACCGGAAGUGGAAGGCAUGAAUGAGCAUACGUAUAAAUUGUAGAGGCGGGCCAAGUGUAAGAGCUGAAAAACAUAACAGCCAGACGUCGUUCGGCGUUUGUAAAGUAAAAUAAUACACGAUAACGUAUUACCGUAAUAGUUUUUCGCUCGGUCUCCGCAAGUACGACAAGAAGAACGUGUAGUGGCAGGCUUGUUCAACAUUCCGUUGUAUCUCGCCCUCGAUUGGCCACGAAGUGAAAAAAUAUAUAGAUAUACUAGCUUUGCAAAUCGAGUAAACAAAAAUUCGUCAUCAUAAUUAUAAUGUCCACACGUCCAUGAAAUAUCGAGUGACCGUUACCAGAUAAAGCAAGAAACAAUUCGUCCACUAAUGUGUAAGAUGGGAAAAAUUGUAUACUAAAAAAAAAGAAAGAAAAAUUACUAAAAAUAAAUUCAAUCUUGUUGUAACGGUUAAUUAAUCCGUGUCGUGAAAA